GGUGCAAAGGUGAGACUAGAAUGCCGAUCGAGGACCACCGGCGCAAAGACGUGCAGCUUCGACGGCGUGACGGACCGCAGUGGCACCUACAACAUCCUUGUCGCCGAUGAGCACGAGCACGAGACCUGCGAGGCGGUGCUCGUGAGUAGCCCGGUGAAAGGUUGUGCCAAGACGCUGGAGGGCCGGGAGAGGGCUCGUGUGUUCCUCACCAACAACAACGGCAUUGCAUCAACCAAGAGGUUUGCCAACUCACUGGGCUUCCAAAGGGAUAUCGCCUUGGCAGGCUGCGCUCAGCUGCUUAAGAUGUAUCAGCAAUAUGAGAAUGAAGUCUAGGUUUGAAAAGAAUAUAGUCUGGUCUCCUUCUAUGUAGGCUAAUAGCCAAAGGAUCCUUUCUUUGCUGUUAUGAUUGUUCUGGGUACCUUACUUGGUUCUUUUAUUUGACAAUUGGUAAAUCUAUCUAUUCCGUUUUGGUAUCCUAGGAUCGAUGGUUUCUAGUUUUAUAUUGUGAGUGCGAUUGUGGGUUCUUUUUCAUCUAUGGUUUAGGAGAAAACAGGCUCUUUGGAUUGUUU